AUGCUCAUCUUCAGACGGUCACUCUCAACUGCCAGCACUUUUCAGAAUAUUCUCGUGUCUCGUCCCAGGUCCUCUGUGGCGCUACUCACGCUCAACCGGCCAAAGCAACUUAACGCGCUCUCGACGCCGCUGUUUCACGAGCUAAACCAGGCACUCGUACAGGCCAACGAUGACAAGGAUAUUUCUGCUGUCGUCCUUACGGGCAGCGAAAAGGCAUUUGCUGGUCCGUCCUCGUCCCCAGUCACUGGGUACAUAAUGACAUUUACCACCUUUACAGCUGGCGCCGACAUCAAGGAAAUGCAAUCCAAGACAUUUGCAGACGUCUAUUCAAAUGACUUCCUCGCAAGUUGGACGGCCAUGCGAGCGAUCCGAAAGCCAAUUAUCGCCGCUGUCAGCGGGUAUGCCCUCGGGGGCGGAGCCGAGCUCGCUCUCAUGUGCGACAUCAUAUUGGCAUCCCCUACUGCAAAGUUUGGAUUGCCAGAGAUCACCUUGGGCGUCAUACCAGGAGGUGGUGGUACACAGCGUCUUGCCGGUAUCGUGGGCAAGAGUAGAGCAAUGGAGCUUGUCUUGACUGGCCGCCAAUUUGAUGCAGACGAGGCCGAGCGCUGGGGCGUCGUCAGUCGCGUCGUCCGCACUGAAAAGAAGGACGGGGACGAGCACUUGCCAGUCGUCCAAGAGGCGUUGGACAUGGCGUCCAAAAUCGCAGGUUUCGGCCAGCUCGCGACCCAGGCCGCAAAGGAGGCAGUUAACGCGGCCCUGGACCUCCCGCUCUCCGAGGGCCUGCGCCUCGAGCGACGCAUCUUCCACAGUCUAUUCGCGACCAACGACCAAAAGGAAGGCAUGUCUGCCUUUGCGGAGAAACGCAAGCCGACGUUUACAAACUCGUAA